AUGUACAACGCGCUCAACGGGUACCAGAAUGGACAGCAUGCACAGCAACGAGGCCCGAUGCAGCCCGGGCUGGGCUAUCAACAACCCAACAACGCCAUGGUGCCCCAAUUUAACAUGACGAUGCUCAACCAGCCCCCACCCGGCACCUCCUUUAUGCCGCCAACCCUCCCCCAUGAACCGGGGCGCCAAGCGAUGCCCUACGCGCCGACCGGAAAUCAGCAACCCGCGCAGCAGUUUCAGCAGCCCCAAAUCUCGCAGACCGCCAUCCCGCCCCUGAUGUCGAGUUACACGACGACCUCGGCGUAUAGCCUGCCCCCGAACCACGGCCGGGCCGGAUUCUCAAACGACACGGGAAUUAAGCGAAAACUGAGCAUUGAAAGAUCAGAGUCGGAGAAAUCAGGGAAAGUACACGAGGACCGGAAGAGAAGAGGUUCUCGCUCGCCAGAAGACCGGAAACGACGGAGACCACGUCGGUCUCGCUCCCCUACGCCAGUGAAAACCGCGAGAACUGGUCCGGCCGGCGGGUCUGUCACAGCCCUCCUCCAAAAAUCGGAUCGCCAGGAAGAGGAGAUUCGCAGGCUCGGCGCGGAACUCGAAAAGCUCAAAUCUCAGCACGGCCUUUUACAAAACGAAAUAGGGACAUUACGGAGCGACAAGAUCAAGAUGAAGUCGGAUUUCGAGCGCGCCAAUCGGAGCCUGGCCGCUAAGAAUACAGAGUGCGAAAAUUUGAAGAAGAAUGAUAUAAAUCAAAAGAAGCAGCACGAGUUUGUGAAGACGGCGUUGACGAAGGCGCGUGAGGACGCGGAAAAGGAGCAGAAGCGAGCGACGGAAGCCGUCGAAAAAUCGGACGCGAUUCUAUCGGAGCUCGACUUUUUGAAGGGGAGAAACGAGGUGCUAGUGAAAAAAUGCGAGGAGCUCAUCGACAAGAAUCGCGCAAUGGUCGACACAAAAGACGAGGCGUUGCGACUCGUUGAGGCCGCGAAAAAGGAGGCAGAGAUCAGGGAGCACGAGAUGAAGAUGAAGCUCGACCAUAUUGACCGGCUUGAGAAGGACCUCUCCAUCGUGCACAACAAGGAAAUACUGUGGCAGCGCGACCGGGAGGAGAUGAGUCGGGCGCUUGAGACAAAGGACCGACUACUUGUAACCGAGCGGGGAAUUUUGGAAAAGGAGUACAAGCGCGAGAAGGGAGCCCGAGAACGGCUGGAGGUGCUGCUCAAAAAGGAGAACCCCGAGGAGGCGGAUACCUUUAUGGGGCUGGAGCUGCUCAACCGGACGCUGGACACCGUCAAAACCGAGAUCGAGGAGCAGUUCCGGAUUUUGCGCGAGACGGCGCUGCCGUAUCAGGAAGCCGGGCCAUCCAACGCGCGCUCCGAGUUCCGGCGCGCCCUCUCGGAGCCGUUAAUU